AUGAGUUCCGGGGGCGAUGCAAAGCUGUUCGCUAGGGGCAAGGUCGCCGAGUUGCGACAAGAACUCAAUAGCGGCGGCAAGAAGGACAAGAACUACUCCGCCAAAAAGAUCGCCUUGAAGAAGAUCGUCGCCAAUAUGACUAUGAGCAACAACGAUAUGGUUGCGCUAUUCCCGGACGUUAUCGACUGCAUGAAUUUGCCAAGCUUGGAGAUCAAGAAGAUGUGCUUCUUGUUCCUCGUCAACUAUUCAAGAAUGAAACCGGAGGUUGCAUUGAAGGCUCUGCCCAUUCUAGUUGAUGACAUGGCAGACAACAACCCGCUCGUGCGCGCGCUUGCUCUACGGACCAUUUCAUACGUUCAUGUGCGCGAGUUCGUCGAAGCGACUUUCCAGCCCCUCAAGCGCCUCAUGCAAGACAAUGACCCCUAUGUCCGCAAGACAGCCGCUUUCUGUGUGGCCAAACUCUACGAACACGACAAGAAGACGGUUGAGAACUCAGAUUUGAUCGACCGCCUUAAUAAGAUGUUGAAAGACGAAAACCCUACCGUCGUAUCAAGCGUUCUGGCCUCCCUGGUAGAUAUCUGGGGUCGCAGCGAAUCCAUCUCUCUGACCAUCGACUACGUCAGUGCUUCAAAACUAGUUUCUAUCUUGCCGGAUUGCUCUGAAUGGGGUCAAUCUUAUAUCCUCGAAGCUCUGAUGUCUUAUGUACCCCAAGAUACUGCCGAGGCGCUUCUGCUGGCAGAGCGAGUUGCACCGCGGCUAUCUCACUCGAACUCUGCGGUCGUAUUAACUUCCUGUCGGGUGAUCCUCUACCUCAUGAACUACAUCGCCGAGGAGAAACACAUCACCUCAUUAUGCCGGAAAUUAUCACCACCCCUUGUCACCUUACUUUCCAAGCCGCCGGAGGUUCAAUAUCUUGCACUGCGAAAUGCUAUUCUAAUUUUGCAGAAGCGGCCGGAGGUUCUCCGCAAUGACAUUCGCGUGUUUUUCUGCAACUACAACGACCCGAUUUAUGUCAAAGUGACCAAGUUGGAAUUGAUGUUCAUGUUGACCACCAAGGAGAACAUCUCAGUGGUCCUGGCAGAGCUCCGAGAAUAUGCCACCGAGAUCGACGUGCACUUCGUGCGCAAGGCAGUCCGCGCCAUUGGCAAGCUGGCAAUCAAGAUCGAAUCCGCCGCAAAGCAAUGUAUCGAUACCCUGUUGGAGCUGGUCGACGCCAAGAUCCCGUACAUCGUUCAGGAGGCAACGGUCGUGAUCCGCAACAUUUUCCGAAAGUAUCCCAACCAGUACGAAGGCAUCAUUAGCCACGUAAUUCGCAAUAUCGACGACCUCGACGAGCCCGAAGCCAAAGCAGCCAUCAUCUGGAUUAUCGGCCAGUAUGCGGAUCGGAUUGAGAACUCGGAUGGCUUGCUGCAGGAUUACUUGGCUACCUUCCAUGAUGAAACUAUCGAGGUGCAAUUGGCCCUGCUCACUGCCACCGUCAAGUUCUUCAUCCAACGACCUACAAAGGGCCAACAGAUCGUCCCCCAAGUUCUCAAGUGGUGUACGGAGGAGACAGAUGACCCUGACCUCCGUGACCGUGGCUACAUGUACUGGCGUCUUCUGUCCACAGACCCGGCAACAGCCAAGCAGGUCGUCAUGGGCCAGAAACCACCGAUCACCGCCGAGAGCGAGAAGCUGGACCCGCACACCCUCGAGGAGUUGUGCUUGAACGUCGGCACACUGGCCACCGUCUAUCUCAAGCCCAUCCACCAAGUCUUCCGUGCCGCACGCCCCCGUCGUCUGCAACCUAGCCCGGCUCUGCAACGACCACGCAUUGAAGACGGCACUGGAAUCAUGCUCGAGUACAACCCUCCCUCCGCCAACAUGGCCUCCGCAUCGACCAGCAACAGCGGCCUCGCUACCAUCACCACCACAGGAAAUCCCAUCAGCCCCGUCAACGCUCCUCCCCCUCCCUCAUUUCUCGGUCCCACCCAAACCGGAAGUUUCGCCCCAGGCACCAAUACCUCUGCCGAUGCAGUCAAUGCAGCAGACUCGUACUUCAACAACAUCGGCUCGCAGCAGAUGGCCUCGUUGGACCUUGGUGGCCGAGAUGAUGGUGCGGGUGGCGGAGGCGCACCUCAAUCACAGUUUGUCGUCACGCAGAACCAGCAGCAGGUGUACCAGCCUCAGUUUGCUGGCGGUGCAGCUACGGGGGAGUUGUUGUUGCUCUGA